GAAACUGUCAAAAUAAAAUAAUAUUUUCGCGCGUUUUCUGCGAAGUUUGUUACGAUAUUUUUUUUGAUUCCGGUAAAUAAACUUUUUAGUGUCUUUUAUUUGGAUGUUACUUUAAUUUACAAGGAGAUUGCAAGAAUAUGGCUCGAACAAAGGCUUCUGUGGGCUCUAAAGUGUCUGCGGGAAAGAGCAGUAAGGCUAGAUGUAGUGUGGCACCACCAUCCAGCAGCUCUGGAGCUUCUGGCAGUUCAGACCGCACUUCCAAGACCAGUUCUGGAGGCAACCCCGUCUGUCCUCGAGAGACACCCAAGUGGCAGAGACCCAUCACCAACUUCUUCAUCAACAAGGAUGAACCCAAGAGGCGAGAGGAUGAACCGAUGGAUGAUGAAGAAGCUGGCACAUCAAAACCAAAACAGAAAAAAUCUAACAUAAUACAUUCAGAUACUGAAGAUGAAGUAUUAGUAGAAAAACCAAAAAACACAGUUCUAGACGAAACCAUUGAUUUAGAACCACUAAAUGGAGAAGAAUGUCAUAAAAUUGAAGAAUAUUAUCCAAAAGGAGAAAAGGGGAAAGGCGUGGGUAAGAAAACUAAGGGAAAAGAGAAUAGAGAAAGUAAGAGAUUGAGAGAAGAAGAGGAAAUAGAGAAUGCCAGUAAAAGAGUUAAAGUUAUGAGCUGUUGAGCAGUAGUUUUUAUUAUAGUGAGAUAAUAUGUGAAUAGUGUUGGACAAAAGUAUUACUUUCCUGUUAAAAAUGUAUUGUUUUCUAAGCCAAGAUUGAUUGAAAAUGAUU